UGUAUAAAAUCUGAACAUUUUGUAAACAACUUGCAAGGAAAGUUAUAAAUACUUUUGCUACAAAACUGAUGAUAAUGAUAUUUUCACAUCGUUGUUAGUAGAAAAUUAUGUACAGUCAACAGCAAGACAGGUUAUGCAAAUCUGUCAAUGCCUCUACUUGUAUUUAAAAUUGACUGAAGAAAUUUGACCUUAUAUUGUAGUAACAUUUGUUCUUCGUAGUGAGAAUGCAUUAUGUACUGUCUAUGCCACGUAUAUUUAAACUAAUAUUACAAAGAGGAAUGUUUUGAUUGUUUGUCUCUUUGAUUGUUUGUUUGUAUUGAAUAUGCCCCGAAACGACUGGACUGGUUUUUAAAAUUCUUACACCCACAGGAAGCUACUUACACUGACAUUAUUGCAUAAGUUGACAAAAUCGCGGGGAAAUAGCUAAUUUUAAAUAUUAUUAACCAUAUUUUAAACCACAUCUGAUUCUGAUGAAUUAAUAUUUAAGACUCGCUUAAAUUUUAUGGUAUAAACAACGAUAGUUGAUAUCCAUUUAUUUGUUUCAGGUAAAAUAUGUAUAGCAGAAAACGGCAAAAGAAACGAAGGGCGAAACACGCUGUUGUGCGAUGGACGUGCCAUAUGAAAAUGUAACUUAAACUCUUAAAUAUAAAAGUGAUAAUGGCCUCUUAUCCAACAAUGUGUAGAUUUAAUAAUAAUCUUUUGUUAGUGCUAAUUAUUUUUCUGUGUCGGACAAUAGUUUGUGACGGACAAUGUCCGAAAUACGCCGAGAAACCACUAGAGACGCGUGUUCAGGACGCUUCCAUAGUUUUUAGAGCGGUGGUUAUACAAGCCCAUUAUUUGAGUAAAACACUAGAUUUAGCGCUAGUGUCUAUAUACAGAGGGGGAGUAGAAUUAGCAUCAGUCAGCCAGUAUGCAGGCUCACCGUAUAACACAACAGACAGACAGGUGAACCUCAAGAUCAGCCCACAGCUUGCGGACUGCUUCAACUGGAGUAUGGCGCCAUCUCAAAGUGAGCUAGUAGUCUUCUCCAGAAUAACAGAUCCUGCUGAGGACUUGGAGACAACGCCUCCAGAUGGGCCUUGGCUAGAAGCUACGGCUGCCGCAGUUCCUUGGAGUUUAGGGGUUGAUAUUGCCAUUUGGAAUGCAGUAGGUUAGUAUACAUAAUGGUAAACGCACAUUAAAUUCAUUAAAAUAAUUUCAGGACUGUUUAUGUGAAAAAAUUAACACUCGCAUACCAAUUGUUCUGCUGAAUAAAACUUUUAUUACAUUUUGCAGUGGGUUUUAUAUUAUAAAUUAAUUAAUGCAGUGACUGAAUGUGUUUAAUGAUUUAUUUUUUAAAUACCAGAGAAGUACGCAUCGAAUCAUUAUAUAAAUAUAAAAUAUAAACUUCAAUGUCUCAUGCGAAGUGUAAUAUAGCCUUUUAAGUUGUCUUGAUUUGGUAUGCUAGCAGCAAUA